AUGAAAGAAUAUUGGGGUUCUCUAGCAUCAAUUCUUGGUGUAUUUGCUUUCUGUCAAACCAUUCUUCAAACACUUUUCCCACCAGAGCUUCGUUUCGCUUCAGCGAAGCUUUUCGGCAAAAUCUUCAACUGUUUCUCAGCUUACUGUUUCUUCGAAAUCACCGAGAAUGACGGCGUUAACACCAACGAACUCUACAACGCCGUUCAGCUUUACUUAAGCUCUUCCGCCUCAAUCACCGGUAACCGCUUAACCCUAACACGCGCCGUUAACUCGAGCGCUUUCACUUUCGGUCUCGCCAACAAUGACAGCAUCGUCGAUAUGUUUAACGGUGCUAACGUCGUUUGGGAGCAUGUUGUUACUCAGAGAAACUCUCAAGCACCAUCAUGGCGUCCGGUGCCAGAUGAAAAACGCAGUUUCAUUCUUCGGAUUAAGAAGAAAGAUAAACGGUUGAUUUUGAAUAGUUAUUUGGAUUACAUUAUGGAGAAAGCCAGUGAAAUUCGGAGAAAAAACCAGGACCGUUUGUUGUAUACAAAUUCUCGAGGUGGAUCGUUUGAGCCUAGGGUUCAUCCAUGGGAAUCUGUGCCGUUUAAACAUCCAAGCACUUUUGAUACGUUGGCUAUGGAUCCUGUGAAGAAGAAAGAAAUUAUGGAGGAUUUGCAAGAUUUUGCUAAAGGACAAGGGUUUUAUGAGAAAACUGGUAGGGCUUGGAAAAGAGGUUAUCUUCUUUAUGGUCCACCAGGGACUGGAAAAUCUAGCAUGAUUGCUGCUAUGGCUAAUUUUCUUGGUUAUGAUAUUUAUGAUUUGGAGUUAACUCAAGUUCAUAAUAAUUCUGAACUUCGAAAGCUUCUUAUGAAAACAAGUUCCAAGUCUAUUAUUGUUAUUGAGGAUAUUGAUUGUUCUAUAAACCUAACUAACAGAAAAAACAAGAAAAACAAUGUUUCUGGUUUGGGUUUGGGUUGUGGUUCAGUUUCUUCUAGGAGUUACUAUGAGUUUGGUGUUGGUGAGAUGAUGAUAGGUGGUGCUGGUGCUGGUGCUGGUGAAGAGAAUGGGAAUGGGAAUUCGAUAACGCUUUCUGGGUUGUUGAAUUUUACGGAUGGGUUAUGGUCUUGUUGUGGGAGUGAGAGGAUAUUUGUGUUUACAACAAACCACAUUGAGAAGCUUGAUCCUGCUUUGUUGAGAAGUGGGAGAAUGGAUAUGCAUAUUUUCAUGAGUUAUUGUUCUAUACAAGCUUUGAAGAUUUUGUUGAGGAAUUACUUGGGGUGUGAAGAGGGUGUUGAUUUGGAUGAGUCUAUUUUGAAGGAAUUGGAGGAAGUUAUUGAAAUGGCAAGGAUGACACCCGCGGAUAUAAGCGAGGUUUUGAUUAAGAAUCGGAGAAAGAAAGAGAAAGCUGUGGAUGAAUUGUUGGAGAUUUUGAAGGUGAGAGCAGAGAGGAAUGCAAAAAAUGGUGGUGUUGUUGGGAGUGGGAAAAGUAAUGGCGAGGGAGAUGAAGAUGAGGAGGAGGAGGAAGAAAAAGAGAAAAGGGGACUUGAUAGUGAUAGUCCUAGAGAAGAAUAUGAAGUUGAAGAUGAUUGCAAAGAAGGUUUAGAGGAAGAAGAGAAAAUUAAGUGA